AUGGCGGCCCUCCUCGGCCCCUCCAUGGGCGACAAACAAACCCAAGAUCUGAUCAACAGAGUGUGCCGGCAGACCUCGGACCCGGCAUUCUGCAGCGGCAUUCUAAGCAGAAACCUGCCGACGCCGAGUGUGGACCUGGGUGGGCUGACGAGGCUGACGGUGAGCCUGUCGCUGAGUUACGCGACGGACACGCUGAGCUUCAUAAAGACGUCGGAGGCGGCGGAGAGGAAUCCCAACGUGAAGGAGCAGUACACAGUGUGCCAAGGGAAUUACGAGAAGGUGGUGGGGUUCAUGAAGGGGGCGGACUACGACGCCAAGAGAGGGGAUUUCAAGCCCAUGGUGACGCUGCUGCAGUCGUGCAGCAAGCCCAUCAUACUGUGCCAGAACGCCAUAGCCAGGCUUGUGCCGCAGAUGCUUGAGAAGAAUAGAUUAAUGAGGGUUCUGCUUACCAUGGGCCUUUAUGAAGGAAAUAAUUUGUAG